AUGCUUGACUUGACGAUCGAGAACAUCACAGAAAACAUGAUGAAAAUCAACUCCAUGUGUGACAACCCUCGCCUUCGAUAUCUCAUUACAAAACUUAUCAAGGCAUCGCAGGACUAUUUUCGGGAUGUGAACUUACAGUUCGAUGAAUGGGAGCAAGCCUGGCAGUUUCUCACCUGUGUAGGUGACCUGCAUCUCAGCUCUGGUCGACGCCAUUUCGUACCCAGCUAUCCCGAUGCGACGGAGUCUUCCGUGUUAGGACCAUUCCACGAUGAAGAAGCUCAUUCGUUUGAAUAUGGCCAGCCUAUCAUAUCUGAUGGGACUCCCAGAGAGCCAACAAUUGUUCGUGGCUUCGUUCGUGACACCGAUGGCAACGUGGUUCCCAAAGCCCUGAUCGAUGUGUGGGAGACCGACGGUAACGGCGUAUACGAUCUUGAUUGCGCGGGGAGCCAUUGGCAAGCUUCUUCGAAAGUUGAAGAGACAUUGGUACCGACCUGCUCAUAUGGUGUGCGAGCGACACCUUCCUCUCCUACGACAUUUUUCGAGCAGCAUUUUAUGGUCAUACAUCCCGAGUAUACCAAGUUGAUCACGGCGCUCUACUAUAGUGAUAGGAAAUACUUGGAAAGUGACACGGUCUUUGGUCUCAAGAAAAGCUUGAUUGUCGACUACCAAUGGUGUGAGGAUUUGAAUUGGCUAAGAAGCACAAUUUAA